AUGGCCGACGGUCUUGGCGUGCUCUCUGAAUCCAUUGGUGGCUGUCUGGCGGCUGUAGCCGCCAGCGUGCAGUACAACAUCUGCAACACUCGCGCAUACGGUACGGACGCGACAUGUGCGGAUAACUGCUGCCGCUUCAACUGCGGUUGGAAACAGGGUCCAUUGCCCGUGGAAGACUACCCGAUCGCCAACUCGGAGGCGCAGCAAGGCGAUGCCAAGAAGGAAGAGUCUGAGGGUGGUGCCUUGCCAGCGUACACGGCCACGCCUCAGAUGUCGGCGUCUCCCCCAGCGGACGUCGCGCCGGCACCAGAAGCUAGCAAAGCUGCAGAAAUCAGCAACCCUGCAGAAGCCAGCAAAGCUACCGACGUCAAGACGCCAGAUCAGACAUCCUAG